CCCCUCCCAGGAGGAUUGGCACAAGUGGCAGCUGGCCCUGGAGAGCCAGACCCCCGCAGAUGCAUCCGACCCCGGGACCGGAGCACCAGGCACCAUGCCGCAGGAGCCCCCGAGCGAUGUGACCAUCGGUGUGGACCAGGGCAAGGCCCCCACGGGGCUGGCCGAGGCGCUGGACAGGCCAGCAGUCCUCCCUGGGACCUCCGGUCUGGCACCCUGGACCCCAGGCCCGAGUGCCUCCCAGGUCCUGAGGCCGCCCCCAGCCUGGCCUCCCUGCUCCUGGCAGCCGACCGCCCCGCUGGCGAGCGAAGAGGCUCAGAGCUGCCCGGGCCUGGCUGGGCCCCUGACAGAGGAGACUGCCCAGGCUGCGAUGCCCGGCACCGGGUGGGUCCCCUACGGGGUUGAUGCUAAACCCCUGAGCCGCACCGGCCGGGCCCUGCAGCUGCUCUAUGCAAUGAGAAGGGGCUCCAAGAGGAAACUCCUGCUGCUGGUCUCCCUGGCCCUCUCGCUCCUGUGGGCAGGACGCCACCUCAGGAACCGGGGGGCGGAGCUCCGGCUCUCGGACUGGUUCGACCCCAGGUAG